AUGUUUGAGUUUUUAAAGUAAUAGAUUUAGUUUAAUACGAAGGAGAUUGCUUGGUUAGAAGUUAUUCGCGUUAUGCAAUUAUUCGCAUGCAAAAGAUAUUAUUUGCCGCGAGUGCACUCUUCACAGCUUGCAGUGCAGUCUAAAUAAGCCAUGCUCUUGAGAAGCAAAGAAGUUAGUUGGGUUGGAGAUAAGAAGCAACCAAUAAAUUUACAUGGAACUAAACUUAAAAACUAGAAUGGACAGUGGUGA